CUCCUAAUCAUUAAGCAAAGAAAUUCAAGGGGAAAGGCUAAAAAAUACCCAUAAAAACAGAAAACUCGUCACUAUAUCAUCAGCCAUGGCGCCGACGGCAAUAGUGUCCAUCUUUCUUCUGCUGAUGAUCGCCUCCGCCGAAGUCCUCGUAGCCGCCGAAGUCGUUGAUUACACCUGGAACUGCUACAGCGGAGUCGACGGGCGGGGGUCGAUGCAGGGAAUUAUCGAUGAUUUGGUCGCUACAGUGCCGGGUAGACAAGGGCAGACCUAUUGCGACGAGGUGGUUUCGUCGCAAAUGUUCGGGUUUGCGUACUGUUUGGUUGCAGAUGGUAGCGUGUCAGCGUGUCGCGAUUGCUUGAAUGGUGCUGGCCCGUUUCUGUCGCAGGAGUGCAGCACGGCGGGAGCUGGUUAUGUGAUAGCUAAGACUUGCUUCAUCAAAGUUAGUACCGACCGUUGUCGCAACUAAUAUAUAGCCCGGAUUAAUACGAUGUAAUAGGCAAACCUUUUGAUUUUUUUGUGACGAAAUAAUAAUAAUAAUAAUUAUUAUUAUUCUUUUAUAGCAUCUUCCUUUUUGCGUGACCUGUUUUCCCGUGGCAACUUAAUUGGUCGCAAAUGAUCAGUAUUCGAUGACCCUUCAUCCUCUCUAAUGCUUCGUCGUCGGCUUGACCAACUGCGUGUCACCUAAUUGAGAUCUAUUGGUAUUACCACUAACACUCAGUAAUGUGAAAACGAAAAAUGGUUCGUACCGAUUUAUGUAAGCAAUGUUCUUUGAUUACUUGAUCCAUCUCUUAAGUCUGGGGUAACACACGAUAAAAACAAUCCGCGAGUUGGGCACACAAUCCAACCAUGACUGCGCCCUGGUUUGAACCGGAGACCUCAGUGUGUUAAACUGUUGUGAUAAUCAACUAAACAAAAGGAAUAUGGAUCCCAAUAAUACAUGUGUUUGCAUUUAAUUACAAAAUACGAGAUAAUAUAACCAAAGAUGGUAUCAUGCAUGUAAUCAUUGAGAGAUUAAUCCGAACGAGAAAACAAAGAAGAGAAUUUUAUUUUGGGUAGAAAGUAAUUGAGUUGUAUUGGAAUAAUAUAUGGUUAAUAACAUUUUAUUUUGGGCCAGAAAUACGUCGUAAAUUAAAAGAUGCUACUACACAAUCACCAUAACAAUCAUACGCCCAAAAAAAAAAAAUAAGAGAGAGAUAUAAAUCUCAGUAAAUGGUGUUGUACUUAGAUACAAAAUAUAGAGAGGGAUAUCACGAAAAGAUUGUAUAAUAAUACAUAUGUUUGCAUUUAAUUACAAAAAUACAGAGAUAUAACCAAAGCUCGUACGUUGUUGUAAUCAUCGAGAGAGAGAUCAUUAAUCCGAACGAAAAAACAAAGGAAGAGAAUUUGAUCGUAACACCUCCAGCAUCAAACUGGAGAUCAUGCAAGUCAAACAGAAUGGCGUUCGAUCGAGGAAGAAGAUCGUGGUCUGUCAAUUGUCAUCAUUUAAAUAGAGACUUACCUACACGAAGCCAUUCA